AGAUUGACCAUGAAUAUCAAAAAAAUGUGGGAAGUCCUACCUUGUAUAUUUGGGCUCAUAUGUCACUUGGAUUGCUGGAGGGAUGUCCUUCUGAUUCAUAACUGCCGUGAUAUUAGAUUAUUUGUUGCUUAGAUUUUUUGCACAUGAAUAUUUUUUCACAUUUUAGGAUAAUGUUGUUUAUAGUGGGACCCGAAAUUGGGUUUAGUUUAUGUGGGUUAUUUUUUCUGCUUAACCUUGAAUACAUGUAUUGGACAAGUUUUUCAAUUCUGAUUGCUGGAUAUGUCUCUUUUACUAUGGGCCUUUUAUGUUUUCUCCAGUGUCCGUGCUCAAUAUCUGACCUGCUCAAGACUCAUCAUGUUUCCAAAUUCAUUGGGGAUCUGUCUUCUGGAUUGUAUUUCUAUUGUUAUGCUUGAUCUAACAUAACCUCUUUUCUUGUAUCGUUUCUAGUGUUUCCCUUUCUACUGAGUAGAAAAUGAAAUUUUAAUUCCUGCCUGUUGGCAUGAUGGUCAUAUCUUCAUGUUGCCUAUUUUCACUAUGCAGGAUCUAUACUUACAUAUUGGGUGGCCUCUGUAUCGGAAAUUUGCACAUGCUUUUGAGGCAUUCAAGUCAAUAGUGAAUGACCCUGACACGUUUUUGGAUCGACUUACUUAUCAAGUCAAAGAAACCGGUCCUAAUGGUCAAGAGGUAACAAAAGUGAUCCCUGUUGUGACCCCAGAGAUUAAGGAAUCUCUGAUUAAUAAUAUUAGACCAAGGAUGACUCCUCAACCUCUUAAAAUUCAUGCUUCCAGUUUGAUUGAGUGCUUCAUGUCAAGGUUUUCACAACUCCAAGGGAGGGGCCCUUCACCAAAGAGGAGUUGGAUGAAGUUCGAGACAAGUGGGCUACUUACUUCAACGAUUGUGAAUUACCCUCAGUGUAAUAAUUAGAGCAGGCUUGUAGUUAUUCGUGACUCUGACAUUAUUUUGUUAUUUAUCGAAUUAAUUAAUUACAUUUGAAUUAAUUCGGAAAUAUUAUUGAAAAUUUGAAAUUUAUAUCAUUUUUGAGGAAUGUCAAGAUGAUGUUUGGUGAAACAGUAUUCUAU